AUGUUUGUCAAAGAAUUUUGGAGAAAUCAAGGGACUCUGAAGAAUGAUUUUCACACAAAUCAGAUAAAUGUAGAACUUUUUCAUGGCAUUCUUCUUGCUUUCAAGAAGUUGAGACCAAACGGGAAGGAGCAGGAGAGGACCAGUGGCGACAGAGUUGGGGCUGCGAGGAGAGAGAUGAAGGGGGCGGGGGCAGUGGUGUCGGUGUCAAUGAUGUACGGAGAGGGAGCCAUGAACUUGUUGGGUUGUUGGCUUGAUGCAAUGCCGGUCUGCCAUGGUGCAAGAUGCUGGCAGGAGGAGGUUGGGGCAACUUUCACACCGACCAACAGGGUUGGGCUUCCUCACCCUCUUCCGAUCCAUUGCGCAGCCAUUACUUUGAGGAUUGUGAGUUUCGUGAGAUUGAAGGAUCUCAAGAUAACACAUCUGAAACAUUGUAGUUGCAGAGGUGCUGACUUCGGAGAAGAAGUUCUCAGAAACAUCAAAGAAUCCAUUAAGACCUUGAAAUCCUGUGAAGCACUCAUGCCUCUCGCAGAUACCCUCAACAUUCCGCAAAGGUGCAUCGACUCAAUCGCUUCGAGAGCUUCCUCUACAGAUCCCUCAUUGUUUGAUUGGCCGAUGAACGAAGGGAUAACCACAGCCAAGGCUUCCAAUCAGAUCCUUUGGAAUGGGAUCGAUACUGGAAAGCGCGGGAAGAACCAAACUAAAAACACCAGUGCCAACCCCUGGUUUGAAGAUCUAGGUGUUCUUAGCUUGCCGAUCUACAAGCGACUGAUUUCUGCCAUGAAAAAUCAAGAUCUAAGCCUGGGAAUCAUCAAGAGCUCUCUAAUAUCGUAUGCCAAGAAAUCCAUUCCAGGCCUUUCUCUUUUCAAUAGGAAAUCAACCACAACAUCUAUAGCUUUGGAGACAGAGCAGAGAUUGCUGCUGGAGACUAUAGUUGUGAAUCUGCCACUGGAGAAGAGCUCAAGCUUUAGUUCAGGGGGGCAUUUGUAA